CUCCCCCCCCUUGGAAUCGCAGCUCGUCCAUCCAUUCCUUCCCCUUCUUCCUCCUGCCUGUCUCCAUCCUCUUUUCAUGCGCGAGAGGUCGUCGGGGCCUCUACCUGCUGCGCGCCUCCCGUCCUCGUUGCUGUUCUUGGUGCUGUUCUUGCUCCCGGGGCGGGCGUCCUGUUGGUGUCUGGAGGACACGGCGGGGGCACACAUGGGGCUCGCCGGGGACGGGUCGCCGGACACCGGAGGCCGCCUCAGUGUAAAUGGCCGGUUCAGUUAUGGAUAUGCGAGUUCUCCUGGGAAAAGAGCAUCUAUGGAGGACUUUUAUGAGGCAAGAAUAGACGAAAUUGAUGGAGAGACUGUCGGAUUCUUCGGUGUAUAUGAUGGUCAUGGUGGAGUUCGAGCAGCUGAAUAUGUUAAGCAGCACCUUUUCAGCAAUUUAAUCAAUCAUCCAAAGUUCAUCAGUGAUACUAAGUCUGCUAUUGCUGAAACAUACAACCACACUGAUUCAGAAUUUCUGAAAGCUGAUAGUUGUCAAACUCGGGAUGCCGGCUCAACUGCCUCGACAGCUAUUAUUGUUGGUGAUCGUUUGCUUGUUGCUAAUGUUGGAGAUUCUAGAGCCGUUAUUUGUAAAGGAGGAGAGGCUAUUGCGGUUUCGAGGGAUCACAAACCUGAUCAGUCAGAUGAGAGACAAAGAAUCGAGGAUGCUGGGGGCUUUGUGAUGUGGGCUGGGACAUGGCGUGUUGGUGGUGUUCUUGCUGUUUCUCGAGCGUUUGGUGAUAAACUCUUGAAGCAGUAUGUUGUCGCUGACCCAGAUAUCAAGGAGGAGGUGGUUGACAGCUCCCUUGAAUUCCUCAUCCUUGCUAGUGAUGGACUCUGGGAUGUUGUCACUAAUGAGGAAGCUGUUGCCAUGGUCAAGCCUAUACAGGACCAGCCCGAGGAAGCAGCAAAGAAACUUCUCCAAGAAGCUUACCAAAGGGGGAGUUCUGAUAACAUCACAGUUGUCAUCGUCCGCUUCCUGGACGGAACGACUGGAGAUGGACCCAGUGAAGAGAAAGAGAAAGAGGAGAUUGUCAAUGACCAAAACUCCUAGUUGCUCUUGUAGAAGCAUGCACACGUUCUUCUGGCUGUUGUAUCUGAUGCUUGAAGUAGAUGCUCUGCUGUUCUGCGGAAACUGACUUGCUCCAACUUUCAUCCUGAUCGCGUUCAUGCUCCUUGGUGACCCAUAUGGCAAAUAUUGGAGCAGAUGUUGUUACAAUAUGAUCCAAGGUGAACAUUUCCUUUUUAAGCUUUGUGAUGUAGCUUCUGUGCUGUUGAUUCAUGAAUCAUGCUAGAGAUUUCUUAGCAGUAAGUGCAUGUAAAACUGCUGAACGAUUUGAACAAAAUUGUACACCGCAGUAUUUUACAAUCUCCCUA